AUGGCCUCCCUGGAAACCCUCGACAUCGAUCCCAGCGGGAGAGGCCACCGACCACUUGCGUAUAAUCCUCCAACCACGGCGACCUUCAAGCUGAACAAUUUUCGAGCGCUCCAAGCCGGAUACCGAUUGAUCGAGACCUGCAAGACUUCCGCAGCCGAGGAACUCGUUGGGCAGGCUAUCAGACAGUCCGAAAUCCCUCGGUCCGAGAUCACCGUCGUGACGAAGUUGUGCGCAGAGGAUUGGCAUGAUGUCCGUGGAGCCUUUGCGAGGUCCCGACGCUCGCUGGAUACCUAUAUCGACAUCUAUGUCUUGCAGUCGCCACAGGGAUUAUCGAAGGAAUCGUCCCGUCGCUUGCUGCCGGGUGAGAGUCCCAACUUUACCCAGGUCUACAAAGAGAUGGAAAAACUUGUUGGUCCGCAUUGUAGGGGCCUGGGUAUCAGUCACUUCUCCCAGAAAACAUUAGAGGUGCUGCUUGAGCAGAUCACGAUCAUGCCGUUGAUCAAUGAGAUCGAGAUUAAUCCUCUCAACCCAAACCUGAAAUUGGUCCCCUAUUGCCUUGAGAAAGGUAUACGACCUGUAGCCUGCCGGCCUCUGGCAGAUAGCCCUACAGACAGACAGGCACAUUCCAUGUUAAAUGACGAGAUUCCGCUUCUCAAUUCUCUUGCAUCCGCCUACAACAUUUCAGCCAGCGUCAUAAUUCUAUCAUGGCUUGCGCAGCGGGAUAUCGUCGCAAUGCUGGACGCGGGCUUGCCAAGUCAGAUUGAUGCUAAUCUAGAACUCGUGAAGCUCAAGACGGAUGAAAUGAACGAAAUCAACUCCUUACACCAGAAGAUUGGAUUGACACGAGUUACCAACCCAGCGGAUGCUCUUGGAUUGAGGAUUCCAGGGGAAGCGGAGGCAGCCAGGGGAUGGACGGCACAGGACAUGGGGUGGGAGGAUGACCAGGGCAGAUGCUUGACUUGA